GUUUUUAUAGUCAAGGCCCUGGGGCUGGACGAUCAUGUGUUCAAUUUGGGCUGGGUAGGUCCUGUCAUUUGAAAGCCGAGCUGAUUCUGUAACGAUUCUUAACUCUCGAUCCUAGGUAUUCCUCCUCUUAUAUACAAUAUUCACCACCAUCGCCGGAAAGCACGGGUUCGGACAGCCGAUUACCAGCCUGUCCAUGGAUGAAGCUGUUCAAGCCGUAUACAUGGAAAUGGUCGGUCAGACGUUCGCCGUUCUGGGGAUGGCCAUUGCGAAGCUUUCAUUGGGUAUAUUUCUUUUGCGAAUUGUAGUAAAAGCAUGGCAUCGAGUAUCGAUUUGGAUCUCGAUGGGCAGUCUAUCACUUGUCUCUGUGAUGACGGCGAUUAUCUUCUGGACCCAGCGCCUUCCUACCAAGGCAAUCUAUGAUCCUCGUGUACCUGGUCGAACAAUCGUCAGCGUUACCCCGUUCUCAGUGCUACUGGGCGCAUGGUGUGCAGCGGUCGACUUUUACUUUGCCAUUCUGCCGUGGAUAUUCAUUUGGGAACUCAACAUGCGGUUCAAGGAGAAGAUGACGAUCGCGAUCAGUCUAAGCCUAGGAUUCAUCGCCGGUAUCUGUGGAAUCAUUCGUACUAUCGAGCUCGGCGGAUUGUCGAGUGCUAACUAUACAGAGGACACGGUUGCUCUCAUUAUCUGGUCCGCUGUCGAGCUUGCUGUGACGCUUAUCUGCGUCGGCAUUCCCACAGUCCGCCCUCUUUACCGAUAUAUUGUCCACGGAUCCAGUGUCAAGGAGUCACAUGAAGUUUACAAAAGACAAGAUGAAAGUGGGAGUGGCAGUGGAAGCCGCGGUAAACCGACUUUUGCGAUGCCCAUGCGGAACUUCGCUCGGGCGGGCCGAAAGGACGAAUUUCUGACCACUACAACGACCACCGUCGACAUGCCAGAUGCCAACGACAACCGACCCGAUUGGAAUAGUCGGUCGUACGUGAUGAGUCCCGGGCAGAAUGACGAAGAAGCACUCGUGGCGACUAUCGAAGAAGAAAAUUCUCAAUACAUGAAUCACAUAUGCGUGCGACAGGAAGUGCAUGUAGAGAGAAAUUAAUUGGAAGAGGAAUGUAGGGGACACUCAUUUGCCAGUAGGAGAUUUUCAUUAACGAUUUCAUUCAAUAUAUGUACCUAACUCACAUUCAUGAUUUUACACUUUGUUGCCUCCGAAAUAUUCUGUCUUGAACGCUGUUGCGACAUAUUCGGAAGCGAUCAGGUUGCUAUACGGUUGGAACUAACCAGAAAAACAUUUCAUUUGCAAGGUUAGAAGAAAUCGAAAAUAAAUAUAGGUAUGAGUAUAAGAAUACAAGAAGUAUCAAAAUGGCUCACUGGGUGGGAUGGGUUACCCUAACAAC